UGCGAAGAGGUUGUGGCAUUUGACAGUCUCGACAAUAAUCGGGGGGAACAAAGUAUCAAAGGGCCCAGGUACGAAGUAUAUAUAUAACAAACAGUAUUCUCGAUUCGACUCUCCGUCCAAUAUGGGCAGCAACGAGGCUCUUCCCUUCUGGCAAGUCAACGUGCCCGAACCCCUCCGCACCCCAGAAUGUCCCGAGUUCCUGGCAAACCUCAAUGCCAAAGAUCUCGGCAUUAUUAGCACCCCAGACUCCCAGUAUCACGUCAUGACCUGGCCCGAGGUCCAGCAGAUAAUCGCCGACAACCGUCUCGAUCUCUUCCAGCGUGUCCCUUCCGAGCUCCGCCGCUACCUGGCCUACAAUUGGAAGCUGAAGCAGGAGUAUGGCAGCGUCAUGGAGUUCGUGCUAUCCAAAAGACUGGGCUGGAAGGUCCCCGUCCAGGCCGAAGGGAGGCCCUUUGAGAAGCCCGAGGACUUGAAGAUCCUGUGGAACGAUUGGCCGUACGGCAUCGACGAGAAGAUCGUGCACCUCGUCGUCUGGACCAAGUUCGAGCUCGAGGAUGAUCCGGCCACCGACGAUCUGACCCCCCAGGCUAGAAAGGAAAUUGAUGAUUUUGUGAAUGAGACCUUUUGCAAGAGAGUAGGAAAGGAGAAGGUCAUCUGGUUCAAGAAUUGGAAGACCCUGAAGUCAAUUCAUGCCGUGGAGCAUUUUCAUGUCAUGCUGUAUGACGUUGAUCCAGAGUUCGUGAAGGAGAUCACCAAUGGAGAUAUUCCGUUAAGCCAGAAGGUUUGACGAGGAAAGGGAUCUCGAGAAGAUGUGAGAGCCCCUUGAAGGGUCUGGCGUUUGGCUAGAAGAUUUGCAUAGCGUUCUCAGCGAUUAGAUAGAAUUAGAGGCAUGCCAUAGAUAAAAAUCUAAUACUACUACACUGGACUUGC